GCUUGUCAAAUAGAAAAAACGGGAAUAAUGGCGGACGAGAACGAGGAUCAGUGGUUGUACGGGGAUUCUACCGACGGAAAGGAAUAUUCUAAUAUACAAUCGGAGAUUCAACAAAAUGAUUCGACAAAAACUCAAGAAAAAUCUCAAACUCAAGAAGAUUGUAAAGUGGAGGGAACUGAUGAAACGCCGUCCGAAAUGCAGGAGGGUAAUGGCUCUCCCAUUGAUGGUGGUGAAGAAUCUUCUUCAUUGAAUAAUAUACAGGAAGAGAAUAAUGUAGAUACAAAUAAGAAUGGGACUAGAGAAGCUUCUAGCCAAGAGGACGGCGAAGCGGCCACCGACUCCGACUCCGAUGAUGAUGUACAUGUUGUAAUUGGCGAUAUCAAAUCGACACCGGCAUAUGGUAGCUUAAAUAUUAAAAGAGGAGGAUUGCUUACCAAUGCAUCUGGUGUACCAGAUAAGUUGAGCAAACAGCCGGGGAAGUUCAGUAUAGAUGAGUUUGAGACUAUUGGAGUUAUCAAUGGAAUACCAGCUCAUGAAUAUAAUUUAGAUCAAUUAGAGGAUAAACCAUGGAGACAACCUGGUGCGGAUAUCACAGAUUACUUCAACUAUGGGUUUAAUGAGGAGACUUGGAGGGCAUAUUGUGAACGUCAGAAACGGAUGCGAAGCGAGUCAGGAGUGGGAUUGAUCUUGAAUGCGGGAGGUGGCGGUGGUAAUCCUGGCAGUAUGAGAAUACCUCAAGUAGCGAUAACCAAUGAUAAUAGUAAAUAUUCUGGUAUUAUGGGUCCUAAGAGGGCAGGCCCACCGCCAGGGCGAAAGAUGGCAGGGACUAUAGACGUUAUUGGAAGUUCUGGUUUAGCUUCCCGAAGGAAUCUGGAUAAAUCCCCGCCGAAAGGAAAUGUUAUACAAGUCAUGACCGCCGAUAGGAGAGAAUACUCUAGAAAACCAGGUUUCCCCGACAUGAGCGUACCACCUCCUGGAGCAGGAAUUCCGCCGCCGUUUGAUAUACCUCCGCCAGGAUACGCCGGAGAACCGGCGCCAUUUUACAUGCCAGAAGCUGAUCCAUAUUAUCAGAGUUAUGAACCUACACAGGACAACCAGUGGGGUAAUGAUCCGACAUGGCAGCCAACAAAUUUGGCAAUCCCGAUGACUGAAGGUGAAGAUGAUAAAGACAUGGGACCUAAGACCAUACCUACUAUGGUUCCACCAACAUCCAUUCCCCCUUUGAUGCAGCCGCGCGAUCAGCGGGACGGUAGAGACCGAGAACGAGACAGGGACAGGGAUAGAGAUCGAGAAUUGGAUUCUAUGGGUAGAGAUAGAGACAGGGACAAGGAUAGAGAUCGUGAUCGCGAUAGAGAGAAAGACUCAAUGAUGAGGGAUCGUGAUAGAGACAGAGACUCAAUGACGCGAGAUGAGGAUCGAGACCGUGAUAGAUCCAGAUCUCAGUAUCGUCAUAAAGAUCGGCAUCGGCAUCGAUCGAGGUCGCGAUCUCGUAGACACAAAUCUAGAUCACGAAGUCCGAGCCGACGUAAGAAGAAAUCCAGACGCUCGGAUAGGGAACGUUCUAAGGAAGAAAGUGAAUAAAUAUGUGUAUAUGUAAUCUUGUCGUGUUAAUUUACAAUGUCACUUACAGAAUGCAUUACACUAGAAUUAAGUAAUCAUUUAUCAUAAAAAAGAUAAUAUUUCAACUAUUGUCACAGAAAAUACAAGCAUUAGUACAAUUGUGCGAAGCUAAUUAUAAGAUAAGCAGAAAAAUAUUAUAUACAACAACCGCUCGCAAAAGUGUUACAAAUGAUAAUUUUUGACACAAAUAAGUUAUUAAUGGAAACAAUAAAAGUAAUUGUUGGACCUGUGUAGAUUAAAGAUUGCAGAAGAAAAUAGAUUUUUACGCCUCGCCUUAUAGAAGAGUCGUAAGAUAUUUUUUAUUUUCUUAUUGCAUUUUUAUAUGAUCUUUAAAGUAAGAACUAUAAUUGUAAUAAAGAGUUGCAUUUUUGAUAAA